AUGCGACGAGGGAGUUCAGUUUCCACAAUGGCUGUGCUUCGGCUUCGUGGGGGUGAAGCCGAUGUGGAAAUGUCGGCAGAUGACGUCAUCCCAGUUGAGGAAACUGAGGCACAAAAAUCAUCAUCCACGCAAUCUGGGGUAGUUUCAAUGCCUUGGUUUUCUGCAAUCGCUUCCACCUGCGGGUCGCUGGGCAAGUAUUAUUCUGCACAAUUGGAGGUCAGGCCUAUCCUAACAAAGAGUUGGACGGCUGGAUUAAUAUUUGCCCUUUCUGACUACCUAGCGCAACGAAUAGAAAAACCUCAAGAAGGUGGCUCGUUUGACACUAAGCGUUUGAUAUUUACGACGAUGAUUGGUGCGCUUUACUUCGCUCCUGCUGCACACUACUGGUAUGAAGCAAUCUUUCACUUUCUGCCAGGAAAAGGGCUGGUAUCUACCUUUCAGAAGGCGUUGUUGGGUCAAGCGAUAUUCGGUCCUGCAUUUACAUGUAUCUUCUUUGCAUCUAGUCUGAUUCAAAACAAUACAUUUACAAUUGCCAACUGGGGAGCAAAAAUAAGAAGUGAUUUGCCUGGUGCUUGGCUGGCGGGCUCUGCUUUCUGGCCCAUUGUCGACAUCAUCUCUUAUUCCUUGAUUCCAGUUAGUUUGAUCCCUUUGUUUGUGAAUAUCUGUUCCUUGGUCUGGACCAUCUACCUUUCCAUCGUUGCCAACAAAGGGAGCGCAAGCUGA